CAGGAGUCUUGCCUCGAUGGGUUCUCCCACGAUAAAGCUGAUAAGGUGGUCCGCCGGGCUCUGGUCAUCGGGCAGACGCACGUUUUCCGGCUUGUCAGCAAUGUGAUGGCCAUAAUCAAGAAUUUGACGGAUACUGAAAUAGCUAAGAAUUCGUACUCUUCGCCGGAGAGGCGGCUUGGAGAGGAUACCAACUCUGAGUGGCCUGAAUGGUUGUCGGCCGGAGACAGACGCCUGCUUCAGGCCUCGAAGGUGACUCCUGAUGUCACGGUGGCGGCUGACGGGAGUGGUAAUUUUAGGACGGUUUCAGCGGCGGUGGCGGCUGCGCCAGAGGGAAGGAGCAGGAGGUACGUGAUUAGGAUUAAAGCUGGAGUGUACAGAGAGAACGUGGAAAUCCCGAGGAGGAAGACGAACUUAAUGUUCGUCGGAGAUGGGCGGAUGACCACCAUCAUUACCGGCAACCGGAACGUCGUGGAUGGCAGCACCACCUUCAAUUCCGCCACCGUUGCGGUUGUGGGCGACAGGUUCCUGGCCCGAGACAUUACCUUCCAGAACAGCGCCGGGCCGUCGAAGCACCAGGCUGUAGCCCUCCGCGUUAACGCUGAUCUCUGCGCCUUCUACCGUUGCAACAUGCUGGCCUACCAGGAUACUCUCUACGUUCACUCCCUCCGCCAGUUCUACACCGGCUGCAAUAUCGUAGGAACAAUCGACUUCAUCUUCGGCAACGCCGCCGUCGUCCUCCAAAACUGCGACAUCCAAGCCCGUCGCCCCAAUCCCCGCCAGCGCAACAUGGUCACCGCCCAAGGCCGUGACGACCCCAACCAGAACACCGGAAUCGUCAUCCAGAAAUGCAGAAUCGGAGCCACCUCCGAUCUGAAGCCGGUGCAGAGCAGCUUCCCGACCUACCUCGGCAGGCCCUGGAAGAAGUAUUCCAGGACCAUCGUCAUGCAGACCGAUAUAAGCAAUGUCAUCAACCCGGCAGGAUGGUACGAGUGGGAUGGGAAUUUCGCGCUGAACACGUUGUUCUACGCCGAGUAUCAGAACAGGGGCGCCGGCGCCAGAACGUCGAACAGGGUGACCUGGAGGGGGUUUAGAGUGCUAACUAGUGCGGCGGAGGCUCAGCCUUUCACGGCCGGGAGGUUUAUCGCCGGCGGGAACUGGCUGGGAGCCACAGGGUUUCCGUUUUCUCUUGGGCUUUGACGAAUUAAUUCCUAGUCUAUCAGAUGCCGCAUCGGCAUUGUUGUUAAUAUGCUCAUAUCUUUCGAUGUGCAGUUUUCUGUUGCACGCUACUGAAUAAUCCGAUUAUGUUUAAGACUGAUUGUUGGGCAGUAAGUUUUAAUAAUAAACUGUGGCAUUUGGAAAUAAAUUGUAUAAAAGAUUGUAAGUUAAACAAUGAUAAAAGUCGAAUACUUCAACGCCUCA